AUCCCUUGAAUGAGUAGGUGUGUCCAAACUUAUGACUGGUAUUGUACUUUACUAGAAAUCUGGUAAAAUCUAUCAGCUACAAGCCACACGCAGGAAAACUCUUGUCAUUGGAGUCAAUAAUUAUCCAACUGUACCUCCUGACAGGUCGUAUAUGCAUACCAAUGACUACUGGAAUGGCCAGUUCUUCGGUGUGUAUGCAGCCGGUGAGUACUCUGAAACGGACAACCUUAUGUUAUGUCAAAGGUAUGACCAUGUGUUUCUCUCGUGUUGCUUCAGAAGAGGUUCAGCUAAAUUUGUGUUUCUAUUUAUUCAGAUCUUGUCUGUUUUACUAUAUUCUCACGUAUUCCCUUUGCCAGAUCUCUUUAUUGAGCUUUUCAGAUGACUUAGAUCAUGACUGUUAUUUGUCAGUGCUGUUUAGCUAUGUACAGAUUCUAUGGGUAUGAUAGAUCAAUGUCCAUUUUCUAUACAGUUGCCUACAACAGUAUUUACAUACUGUACUAUUGACACUUUUACUUCCACAGCCUCUUAUCUUCUACAUUUACAUCUACAUUCACAUUUUGGUCAUUUAGCAGAUGCUCUUAUCCAGAGCCACUCACAGUUGGUGCAUUCAACUAAGCAUUUCAGAGACCCAAGACGAAAGAAUGGGGAAUGAGAGCAAUACAUCUUGCGACAACAUUGAUGACAAUGUCAUACCUAAAUCAUACAGAUAUGCAUUGCUGUCAAUAUACACUAUAGUGCUUAUUGGAGGGAUCAUCAGCAUGUCCCUCAUGAUCAACAACAUCAAGUUCAACGCCUGCUCGGUGACCACCACAGCCGUCUUGAACCUGAUCAUGGUCCACAUCCUCUUUCUCCUGACUGUGCCCUUCCGCCUCUACUUCUAUGCGGCCGGCGAGUGGCAUCUCGGCCCUGACUUCUGCAAGGUGGUCAGUGCCAUGAUCCUCGCCCACAUGUACCUAGCCUUUAUCUUCUACGUUAUAAUUCUGGUGAUCCGCUAUCACGACUUCUUCAGGAGUUCUAAGCAGGUGUUCUACAGGAGGCUACAUGCCGUGGGGGCCAGUGCUGCAGUCUGGGGCCUCAUUCUAAUUGUGGUGGUCCCUUUAACUGCUGUGAAAUAUGGAUCAUCUACAGACAGUAACACAACCACCAGUGACAAUCAGUGCUUUAACUUUGGAGGGGUUUUUGAUGAGGAACAUGCUGUAGCUGUGCUGAACUACAUCCUCAGUGCUCUCAUCAUCAUACUUACAUUAGCCCUGGGCUGUUGUCAGAUGUGUAUUCUGUGGUGUGUGUACAGAACUCACAGGGCGAUGAUCUUCUCGCAACAGGAGUUUUGGGCUCAGAUCAAAAGUAUUUUCUUUAUGCUGGUCAUUAUAGUAUGCUUUGUUCCAUACAAUGCAUUCAGGAUUUACUAUGUGAGUCAUUUUAAUGCCAAUCUCCAGGUAAAGAAUGAGAUUGCUCUCGUCGUCACAACAUUCAGCUGCUUUGACAUGCUGACUUUUAUAGGGAGAGGGUCGUUCAGACCCUGUGAUACAAUAUGCUGUGUACCAUGAUUAUCAAUGCUGAUUAUUGAGUCAAAUAUUAUUCCAUUUGCACCUUAUUUGCACCAUGUUAACCAAAUGUACAAAACUACAGUGCACAAAACAUUAGGAACACCUGCUCUUUCCAUGACAUAGACUGACCAGGUGAAUCCAGGUGAAAGCUAUGAUCCCUUAUUGAUGUCACCUGUUAAAUCCACUUCAAUCAGUGUAGAUGAAGGGAAAGAGACAGGUUAAAAAAUAUGUUCAAGCCUUGAGACAUGAAUUGUGAAUGUGUGCCAUUCAGAGGGUGAAUGGGCAAGACAAAAUAUUUAAGUGCUUUUGAAUGGGGUAUGGUGGUAGGUGCCAGGCGCACCGGUUCGAGUGUGUCAAGAACUGCAACGCUGCUGGGUUUUUCAUGCUCAACAGUUUCCUGUGUGUAUCAAGAAUGGCCUACCAUCCAAAGGACAUCCAGUCAACUUAACACAACUUUUGGAAGUAUUGGAGUCAACAUGAGCCAGCACCCCUGUGGAACGCUUUCGACACCUUGUGGUCAAUGCCCAACGAGUUGAGGCUGUUCUGAGGGCAAAAGGGGGUGCAACUCAAUAUUAGGAAGGUGUUCCUAAUGUUCUGUACACUCAGUGCAUAUACUUUGAUAUCCUUCAAAGUGAAAGAGUUAUAACUCUUCUCAAAGGGAAAUUACUCGUUAUAGCACUUUCCUAAGUAGGAUAUGAUAAUGCCAUUUAGCAGAUGUUUUUAUCCAAAGCGACUUACAGACAUGUGUGCAUACAUUUUACAUAUUGGUUGUCCCUGGAAUUGAACCCACCAUCUUGGCAUUGUGGACGCCAUGCUCUACAAACUGAUCAAAUCAGAAAAGACAAGAAAACAAACAGUGGAACUGUGUUUAUUGUUAACUGUUGUAAAGUUCUGGAACAUUAAACAAAGUAGUUACACACUCCCACUCCACAUUGAUGGGUUUGUACAUGUUAGCUAAACUGAUUCCUAAAUAACCAGUCACCUAGUGUGUCAUACUGUUACAUUUACAUCUAUUUUAUGCUAAUUUUGUAACAAACAUAUACAUGUUGAUAAAUCAUGCAAUCUUUAUAUUUUUUUACAACUACAUUUUCAAGUGAAUCAUAUCUUUGAUUAAAAUGUUCCUCUUU